CGUGGAAACCACCAUUUUGCCUUUGCCGUUGAUUACUCAGGUUUUUGAAAGGCUCUAAUUUCCAAUUUUGUGUCUCUUUCACUCACUUGAUAGAAGAAAAAUAGAGAGAAAAAAAAUAGAAAAGAGAAAGAAACCAAAACCCCAUUUUCUGUGAGGAACGAUGUCGCCAGUAGAAGGAUCCCGGGAAGAGAAUGUCUACUUAGCCAAAUUGGCCGAGCAGGCUGAAAGGUAUGAGGAAAUGGUGGAGUUUAUGGAGAAGGUAGCUAAGACUGCCGAUGUUGAGUUGACAGUGGAGGAGAGGAACCUCCUCUCUGUUGCCUACAAGAAUGUGAUUGGGGCAAGGAGGGCUUCAUGGAGAAUUACCUCAUCCAUUGAACAAAAGGAAGAGAGCCGUGGGAACGAGGACCAUGUAGCUAUCAUCAAGGAGUACAGAGCGAAAAUCGAGGCUGAGCUCAGCAAGAUCUGUGAGGGGAUCUUGAAACUUCUUGAUUCACAUCUUGUCCCAUCCGCAACUGCUUCCGAGUCAAAGGUAUUUUACCUGAAGAUGAAGGGUGAUUACCACAGGUAUUUGGCUGAAUUCAAGACCGGAGCUGAGAGAAAGGAUGCUGCUGAGCACACCUUGCUGGCUUACAAGUCUGCUCAGGACAUUGCAUUGGCUGAACUGCCUCCUACUCACCCAAUAAGGCUGGGGCUUGCACUUAACUUCUCCGUGUUCUACUAUGAGAUCUUGAAUUCCCCUGAUCGUGCCUGUGCUCUGGCCAAGCAGGCUUUUGACGAAGCCAUUUCAGAGCUAGAUACUCUGGGUGAGGAAUCCUACAAAGACAGCACCUUGAUCAUGCAGCUCCUCCGUGACAAUUUGACAUUAUGGACUUCUGAUAAUGCGGAGGAUGUCGGCGAUGAGAUCAAGGAAGCUACAAAAGAUGACGCCGCUCCUGGACAACAAUGAUUUGGUCAUUUUGUUGGAGGAGUUAGAUGGAAUGUAUUUAUUUAACUUGGAUAUUUGUUAUGUUGCUCUAGAGACUUUUCCCAUACUUGGUAUGCUUUAAUGUUUGUUUGUCAUAUGCAGCGUCAAUUAGAUGCUCUAUAUAUCUUACCAAGACACGCUUCAUUAAUUAUUAUUGUCUACUUUCAGUUUUCAACACUUUGCACUUGAGUGCACUCGACGUAGAUUCAUCAAAUGAAAAGCUACGUAGUCCAAUAAUGUGUUAGGAUGUAUGUGCUCUUUGUUCUUAUUAAUUUUCAGCUAGAGUUUUUUCUGGUCA